AUGCGAAACGGGCGGGCCGGGAGACACGGCGCGGUGCCCGGGCGGGGCUGUUGCGGCCGCCCCCGCCGCUGUCUGGAAACUUCCCCGGCGGGGGUCGUUACGGACCGGGAGCGGUGGGAUGGGGCAUGGUGGCCCCUAAAGCCAUACGGGGUACCCUACCGACACCGUGCCGCCGCCUCGUCGCCCCCGGCACUGGGCGUGGAGGAGGUGGUUCAUUGCCCGCAGUCCUGUGCUUGGAAGGCAACUGGAGGUGCUUUCAAUGAGAAAUGGAGAUUUCCUAUUUGGCCAGAAUGGAAUGAAGCAGAUAUUAAUGCAGAAAAAUGGGAUGCUGGAAAAGUUGGAAAAGAGAAAGAAAAAGCUAGAAAAAGCCCUGUUACACAGGUCUUCGAUGAUCCUGAAGGGAAAAUAGAAUUGCCAGCCUCCUUAAAAAUACACUCAUGGAAACGUCCACAUGAGUUUUUAACAGAUAUGAUUCCUGUGGUUGUCAAAAAUGAAACUUCAUUUGACCUCUUUUCAGCAAAUGAGCAUUUAUUUUGUAGUGAGCUGAUGAGAUGGAUUAUAAGUGAAAUUUAUGCAGUUUGGAGGAUACAUAAUGAGAAGGAUGUACCUAGUGAAACAUCCAUUUUUUUUUGGAAACCAUGGGAACACAUUUAUGCCUUAUGUAAAGCUACGAAUGGACACAUGCCUCUGUACAAUAACUAUGGAAAAUAUGUAGUGAAACUUUAUUGGAUGGGGUGCUGGAGAAAGAUCAUUAUUGAUGACACAAUGCCUUUCAAUGAAGAGGAUAAUUUGUUACUACCAGCUACUACUUGUGAAAUUGAACUUUGGCCAAUGUUGCUCUCCAAAGCCAUCAUUAAACUGGCAAAUACCAGUAUACUUGCAACUGGAAAAAGAGAGCUGGAGGAAUUCACAAUUCUACAUGCAUUGACUGGGUGGAUACCAGAAGUUAUCCCUCUCCAGCCUGGAUACUUGGACAAAGUCUGGGGCUUUUUGAAAAAGACUGUGCCAGAAUUCAAGUUGCCAAGUAGGAAAACUCCAGAAAUCGAUGUUACUGAGUCAGAUACAAACCCUAAAGAGACCGAAGUCUCAGACCAAAAAAAUGAAGUUGCAUCUGUGAAUAAGCAUUCACAUAAAGCUGAGAAAGCAGAGAAAUCUGAUAAACUUGUGAAAGAUAAAACAGAGCAUAAAGAAACAGGAAAGAAGAAAACCAAAGAUGGAGAAAAAGAAAAGAACAAGGAAGCACAUCACUCUUUGCAAGUAUUGGCAGAGGGCCCACAUUCUCAGACCUUACGUAAAAAAUCUUCUGUGAUACCCCAGCCAGAAAUGGUCAUGUAUGCUGUCUGCAUACCACUGCAUUUAUUUGAAGAGGAUAUUUUUUCAUUAGGGAAGAUGGCUGAUUCUUCAGAAAAGUUGAGGCAGUAUGGACUUUCCCACAUAUUUAGCCAUCCUGUCCUGAUCACUAGAACUAGGUCCUGUCCUUUAGUAGCACCACCAGAGCCACCACCAGUUCCUCACUGGAAACUUUUCCGUCUGAAAAAGGAAACUAUUGUGACAUCUGAACCCCAAGAGCCUGUGGUAGAAAAACCUGAAGAACAUGUUGAGAUUGCUAGCUUAUUUCUUAAUUACAAAUUGAAUCUUAUCACAAUACCCACAGACAUACACGUUCAAUGUUCUUCUAUCAAAAAGGGACUUCAUUUCGUAUCUUCUCUCUCAUCUGUUACUGGAAGUGAUGAAGAUGAAAGUGAAAGUGACAGUAAUGUGGAUAUAAGUCAUGAUGGGAGAAACUCAAAUGCAGAAGGUUCUUUACAGGAAGAGAAAAAAGGCCUUCGCAUCACAGGGGAAGAAUUACAUGAGACCAUCAAUUUUGAUGCAAAACAAGUGGCAGAAACAGAUGAUAAUGCUAUGAACCCCCAGACAAGGGAUAAAUCAAAGGAAGAAAUACAGUCAGAAAGAGCUGCUGUUUCCAGGGAAACCUGGAUUAGCUUUGAAGACUUCUGUGUUUGUUUCCAGAGCUUGUAUGUUUUCCACAAGCCACACACAUAUGCUUAUAAUUAUCAGAAGACGUAUUUUAAGUCUACUGAUGACCGAGCCUUCUAUUAUUUAUCUGUGGACAGUCUGAUGCCCAUUGAAAUCCUGGUUAGCUUUUCUGCAUUGGUACAGUGGAACACUAAUGGAGAUAAACAAGAAUGCACUAGUAUUUCAAAAGGUGUGCUAAUUGUUGAACAUUUUUCUUGGAAAUGUUUGACUCGUGGAAAACCUGUCCUAAAGAUGCAUACAGCUGCCACCAAAGCUACUGUGUUACAUCUUCCUGUUGGGCGAAACAUAUUGCUCUUCACAGUAAAUUCUCCCAUAGGACACCAUAUUCAUCUGUGCAGCAUGGUGCCAUGUGUCUUUGGAGAAGAGGAUGCUGUGAUGCCAGGUCUUGAACAGGAGAGCCACCGGUUUAUAAAACAGGCUACAGCUAUCCUGGAAGCUAUUGGCAAUGUGAUAAAUAAUUUCAGCAGUAAGCCUGAACUUUCUAAAGCCUUGAAGGAGUUGGAGUUAGCACACUGUCCUCCUGGCCUCCAUGGUACUGAAAUGGCUGCAGAACACUUCAAGGUUUUCAAAAGUGCAUUUUGGUAUUUGAUCAAAUACGUAUCGGGCAGUGCAGCUCUUCACAGCUACAGAUUUGCCUUCAGGUCCCUCACUUUGGAUUUUAAAGACACUGAGCUUUUUAACGAUGACAAUUUUUCUUCAGAGAGUUUUGAGAAGAGUUCCUGUAGUAGCUGGCAGAACCGAACUCCAACUUCUGAAGAAGAAGCAGCAGCUCUUAAACUUCAAGCCUUCUGGAGAGGGACUUAUGUUAGGAAAAUAGUGAACAGCAGAAAACCAGGUACUAAAGAAAACACUGAUGUCAAAGAAACCUUGCAAAAAUUGUGGACUGUGAUUGAGUUAGAUUUUGAAUACUGUGCUGUAACACUGUUAAGAGAAAUGUUUAAAAGAAACUGUAAAUCUAUUGAAAUGUUCCCUUGUUAUGAAGAUGAACAUUGUAAGGUCUGUUUUGAUGACUAUUCUGUUACUUAUGCUGAUCAGCCACCAAAUGUGUGGUUUGUGGUUUUUAGAGAAGUAUUUCUUGUUUCACAAGACAUGCUUGUAGUGCCAAAGGUGUACACCACUAUACCUUCCUGUAGACUUCAUGUUGUUGACAAUGACACACUGGAAGAAAUGCCACAUGUGUUUUUCAAAGUGGCACCUCGUGUUUACCUCAAAAAUAAGAAAGGAUACACAUUUAUGGCUGAAGCAUCUACUGGGGAUCAGCCCGUGGCAGCUGGAAGGUGGAAGCUCCGGCUCAUCGGUUCUCACAGACCACUCCCCUUGCUCUCUCGUGAGGCUGUAAAUGAUGCAUAUUCUGCUAGAGAAAUUAAAGAGUAUUAUAUACCCAAUGACAAGAAUGUAAUGUUCAGGUAUUCUGUGAAAGUCACAGUGCCACAUGUUGCUACAGUGCAGGUACAGACCUCUAAAUCAGAUGUGUUCAUUAAACUACAAAUCCUAGAUAAUAACGAAGAAGUUGUGAGUGUCACUGGAAAGGGCCAUGCACUCAUCCCUGCCUUUAACUUCCUGAGUAAUGAACCAUUUUUGAGUGCCCAGUCAAGCAAAACCCAAAUUAAUCAACGUAGCACAAAGAAGGAUUCAGAGCCUGGAGGAUCCAGAAAAAAAUCUCACAAGUAUAUCAUACAAGCUUUGGUGCUAUUUGAUAGUUGGCCACUUACUGAGAGUCAGUCUCUGUUUGUUCAGGCACCUGGAAGAAAUGGAGAAAAAUUAAAAUCAAAGGUAGGUUUGAUUUAAAUAUUAAAUUAUGAAGGGCAAAAGUCUGCAAAUAUUCCUAAACAAACAAAAACAAAAGAUAAAGCAUCUGAGAAGUCAGAAAAAGAGAAAUCCACUAGAAGAAGAGAAUCACUUAUAUCUCUUGCAUCUUUUGAAUCUCAGCAAGCUGCUUCAGACCAACCAUACUGGAUUUUACGCCUCAUCAGUGAGCAGAGAGAGGCAGACACCCUGGAGGUGAAGAAAGACACCCAGCGAGCAGAUGAGAUCAAAGCCAUGAAACAAGCAUGGGAGUCUGCAGAGCCCGGCAGAGCUAUCAAGGCUUUUCAGGAACGCGUGCGGUUUAUUAAUAAGUAUGCGGUGUGCGAUUCAGAGGAGUCCAGAUCUGGGAGUGAGACUGAUGUUUUAACACCUAGCUCAGGAGAAAGAGGUAAGGAUUCUCUUACCGCAGAAAAGAAAGAAUCACAAACAGCUAUUGAUACAAGCUUACAAAUGCAAAAUAAAAAAUGGGAGCCUAUCGACCUUACUCCUUACAUGAGAAAAACGAUGCCUGAGUCUAUGAUAAGAAGUGAGUCUAUCAUUCAAGAGCAAGCUAUAAGUAAAGAAGCAAAAAUCAACCAAUUUAGGGAACUUCGAGAGCUGGCCUUGAAAGAAAGGGAAAAAGAAAAAAAUGCCAGAGCUUUAUUGAAGGAAAAUAUACUUGAAAUGUAUGAGAAUCUGCAGGCAUCCUUAGAUGAAAAACGAGGCAGAGUUCACAGCAUGCGGGAAGCGUACAGAAAUGAGCUGCUAGAGGCUGAGAGCAGGAAAGAAGAAGAGCUGGCAGCUCUUGAAGCAAGUUUGCAAGGAGAGCAAGAGAAGAAAAACUCAAAUGCACUAAAAAAAAAGAACGGAAAAGGGAAAAAAUAG